AUGCAAGAAGAGGUUAGGUCACCAUUUGUUAGAAGCGCUGCCAUUGUGAGUACUGGGUGUGAGAAUAUCUGUCGUGGUAAAGGACCGAUAGAUCUACUAUACAUUGUCCAUUCUGCUCCAAACAAUUUCAAAUUUCGGACAAACAUACGAAAAACCUUUGCAAAUCAAACAUUCUUUCCUCACCAUGAAAUAAGAAUAGUUUUCCUUCUUGGGAAACCGGAGACUGAAGUGACGCAGUUACAUAUAAUACAAGAGCAGACGACAUACGGUGAUGUCGUUCAAGGAUCGUUUCAAGACUCGUACCGAAAUCUUACCCUCAAAGCUGUGUUAGGUCUGAAGUGGGUCAGUGAAAACUGCCCAAAUGUUUCAUUUGUAGUGAAGAUAGACGAUGACACCUUUGUACAGACCUUCAGUAUAUUAGAACAAUAUUUGCCUCGCUACAAGAAGGGCAAGAAGUUGAUAUUUUGCAACGUGUGGAAAAAGGGUUACAUGACCAUUCGGAGACAAGGAAAAUGGAACGUAGCAGACGACGAAAUGAAAGGAUAUGACACUUUUCCUUGGAAAUACUGCAGCGGUUUUGUCGUGAUGAUGACUGGAGACUUACUGCCAUUGUUGUACAAAGCUUCUCUUUCUGUGCCCAUACUGUGGGUGGACGAUGUGUACAUAACAGGGAUAUUAGUGUCCAGGAUAAAACAUGUCAAGUUCGUGAACGUGGAUCUAAACCUGCAUAGCUCGUUAAAAGCACCGGUUAUCCAAAAGUGUUUCAGUCGACCCGAUUGUCGGCUUCUCUUUGGUGGAUCGAAAUCUCUUAAUUUGGAAAAACUGUGGAAAAUGGUUCUGAAGAGUCGCAAUGAACAACACAGAGGAAAGACGCAACGCCACCGUUUGCCCUAUAAAAGGGUCUGA